AUGUUGAACGGUUCACGCAGAGUCCCGCAUCCAGCGUGUAGGAGAUGUGCGUCUCUCUCUCGCUCUCUCUCUCUCUCUCCUGUCUCCUCCUCCUCCUCCUCUUCUUCUCUUCCUCGCCUCAGCUGUGAGUCUUCUUGUUGUUUCACACCUUGGCCGCUGCUGCAGACGCAGCCCGCAGGAGCCGUGAAUACACCGUCAAUUUUUUUGUUUCAUUUUUUUUUUUGUUUUCCCCCUCUUUUUGUGCACAUUAUUCCUCUCCUGUGUUUCCAUUUGGCUGCUGCUGCUGCUGCUGCUGCUGCUGCUGCACCGGCGUCUCUUUCAAUAUUUGCAGUCCCCCCUCUUCUUCUUCUUCUUCUUCCUCCUCCUCUCUUCUUCUUCUUCUUCUUGCCCGGGGGAAGCAGCAGUUUCUUGCAGCUCUUUAGGGAAUCAUGACCACAGCGAAGGAAAGCAGUGCGCCGUCGAAAUCGUCUCAUCAGCAAGAACAGGAGCUGGUGGGCAGUAACCCUCCGCAGAGGAACUGGAAGGGAAUAGCGAUCGCCCUUCUUGUCAUUCUGGUCAUCUGCUCGCUGAUCGUCACCUCCGUCAUCCUGUUGACACCAGGUGAAGAUGAUCGCCUGGCUCUGAAGGGCAAAGUGACGGUAGGAGACCUCUUCAGAAAAGACUUCAAGGUCCACGAUCCUAACGCCAAAUGGAUAAGCAGCCACGAGCUGUUGUACCGCAACCGCGACGGCGACGUCGUCAAGUACAACGUCGACGCCGACGAGAAGACCGUCCUGGUUCAUAACAAGAAGUUUGAAAUGUACAAAGCCAGCAAGUACGAGGUGUCGCCUGACAUGAAGCAUGUGCUGCUGGCCUACAACGUCGCACCGGUGUACCAGUAUUCCUACACAGCGUUCUACAUCAUCUGCAGUCUGGAGACUCCGGAGACGUGGAACCUGAACCCUCCCGAGGUGCGGAAUGCUCAGCUGCAGUACGCGGGCUGGGGACCCCAGGGUCAGCAACUGAUCUUCAUUUUUGAGAACAACAUCUACUAUCGCUCGACAGUCGAGAGCCGCUCCAUUCGACUGGUGUCCACUGGCAAGGAGGGAGUCAUCUUCAAUGGGCUCAGUGAUUGGCUGUAUGAAGAGGAGAUCUUCCGCUCCCAUGUCGCGCACUGGUGGGCUCCAGAUGGCGCCAGGUUAGCCUACGCCACGAUCAACGACACUAUGGUGCCCAGGAUGGAACUGCCCAUGUUCACAGGCACGCCGUACCCAAUGGGGAAGGAGUACCACUACCCGAAGGCUGGCGAGGAGAACCCAGUUAUCACUCUGUAUGUUGUGAACCUCAACGGCCCACUUCACACCAUCGAGAUGAGAAGACCCGAUGAUCCCAGGAUAGGUGAAUACUAUGUGACCAUGGUGAAAUGGGCCACCACCACCAAACUGGCCAUCAGCUGGCUGAACAGAGCGCAGAAUAUCUCCAUGCUCACGCUGUGUGAGGCCACGACGGGAGUCUGCACAAAGAAACACGAGGAUGAAAGUGAAGGAUGGCUGCACAGACAGAACGAACGGCCUCUGUUUUCCAAAGACGGACUCAAGCUGUUCUUCACCCGGGCCAUUCCUCAAGGAGGCAGGGGCAAGUUCUUCCACAUCUCCAUGUCCAUCUCCCAGCCCAACACCAGUACAGACACACUGCAGUCCAUCACAUCGGGAGACUGGGAUGUGACCCAAGUGCUGGCCUACAACGAGGAGAGCCAGCUGAUAUACUUCCUGAGCACAGAGGAUGGUCCAAAGCGAAGACACCUGUACAGCGCCGACACAUUCGGGUCGUUCAACCGCCGCUGCCUGUCCUGCGGUUUGUCCAACAGCUGCGGCUACAUCAGCGGCUCCUUCAGCCUCAACAUGAGCUACUUCCUGCUCGACUGUCGAGGCCCAGGCAUCCCAUUUGUCUCCGUUUACCAGACACAAGAGAGAGACGCUGAAAGUGAGACACAGGGCAGAGAAAGUAUUUCAGAAGUUGACCAACUGGAGAGCAACGAGAACCUAAGGCUGACUUUGGACUCCAUGCAGAUGCCCACAGUGGAAUACAAGGAGAUCAACAUGGACGACUACACCUUGUCCAUGCAGAUCCUCAAACCUGCAGGCUUCAUGGAAACGUCACACUACCCGCUGCUGCUGCUUGUAGAUGGGACACCCGGUGGUCAGAUGGUGUCGGAGCAGUUCCAGAUGGACUGGGCCACGGUGCUGGUGAGCAGCUUCGGCGCCAUCGUGGUGCGCUGCGACGGACGAGGAAGCGGCUUCCAGGGAACCAACCUGCUGCACCGCGUCCAGAAGAAACUGGGCGUGUACGAGGAACAGGACCAGAAGGGCGCACUCAAUUUUAUUUUGAAAGAGCCCUAUGUCGACGGAACCAGAGUUGGGGCUUUUGGGAAGGUGUACGGCGGGUAUGUGACCAGCUUGUUGGCCAGUGGCGAGGAGUCGCCCGUGAAAUGUGGAGCUGUCCUGUCGCCCAUUACAGACUUUGAAUUAUAUGCCUCUGCGUUUUCAGAACGAUAUCUCGGACUCCCGAAGCCUGAUCCAAGAGCUUACACGAUGGCAAAUCUAGCGCACAGAGCGUCUCAGUUUAUGGACAAGAAGUUUUUAAUUAUCCAUCCAACCGCUGAUGAAAAAGUUCAUUUCCAACAUACAGCGAAAUUCAUUGCACAGCUCAUCAACGAAAAGGCCAACUACACUUUACAGAUCUAUCCAGACGAAGGCCACUUCAUUCACAGUGAAGCAACACGGCAGCACCUCAGUCAGUCCCUGGUGAACUUCUUCGAGGAAUGCUUCAGGCUACCAGAAAGAGUGUUUGAAGAGGCUCUGGAGGAAGAGAGUGAAGACGAGGGUUAGCUUGGCCUUGCCCCAAAGUCUCCCCACCUAUACAGUCAUAUAACCACAACACUGGCACCCAAUUGUCCCCCAAAUGCUACUCACGUCCUCUCUUUCCAUUUAUUUUGGUUUGCAUUUGGACUCCCCCUGACCCCUUCCAUGUCCAUGUUGAACCAGAGACUGCUCUUCCAGCAGACGACGGAUCUACUUCACAUCCAUCCGACCUUCCUAAUUUUGUGCCCCCGACUUUGAAUUCAUAAGGCCCUGCAGGGAGCCAACAAGGACUGGGGACUUGACAUGAUGUCGUGGAAUAUACUGAUCGAUUAAACAACAAGCAGUCUUGUCUCAGCCCGAACGGACCAGCUCCUCAAAAAGCAGUGGAGUGAGACCGAAAGUGUCUGCUCUCACACAAGACUUUGAAGCUGUGAGGAGAAGGAACCACUGCAUAGCACAGAACUCGUGGGCUUGUAAAUUUCUGAAAAAUCGGACACCUGGUGAAAAACACUGGCUGGCAGUGUUUCUAUGGGGGUGUCUGAAAAGUGUGUGGAUACAAGAAAUGUUACUAUUUUUAAAGUUGUGAAGAACUUUCCAUGUUGGACUGUGGUUGUGUCUGUUGUUCUUACAGUAUGUAAAAUAGCACACAAAACAUUCACUCGGCUACUACAGUUCUGUUUUCCUUUCAGGUAUUCACGUUUGCCCUGACGUUGGUUUCAUCACGCUGCCUCAUUGUGUGUUUCAGAAUUCUCUAAACUGGCAAAAGAAAAGGCUUAUUUAAAGGUUUAUUUGGCGUCCAUGUUUAUCGGUUUUAACAAAUGCGCUUCAAAGACGGAAGCAUUAACUUUUCAGUCACCGUGCCUUACUUUGUCAGAAAACAUCCUGCUGUGGGACAACAUUAACAGACUGCUAGAAGUCACAUUUUAAAGGAAUAACAAGUAUUUAUUUGUGAUUAAUAUCACUAAAUUCUGUCAUGAUAAAUAUGAAGUAACAGCCUACUAGCUUAGCAUAAAGACCACAGUAAAGCUAGUUUAGUUUUUGUCUAAAGGUAGUAAAGUAAAAGUAGUAAAAGCUGCCAACUAGCUCCUCUUAGCCUCUGGUUUAAUAAGAGCAUAACUAAGUACAUUGACUGUUUUAAACUUUAUUUUUGGAGCAAAUGCAUUGAUCUUAUCACACUGGACUAGCUUUUUUAAAUCCCUGCAACCAUUAAAAUCAAAUGUAUUGCUCUUUUUCCCGAUUUACCUAAAUUUCCACAAGCUACUCUGAAUAGUAAGACUAGCAUGUAGCAUGCCAAUGAGCUCAGUGCCGACACUGUGCUACAGCUAGUUUAAGUAGAAAAACUCACGUGCUAGUCUUUAUGCUAAGCAAAGCUACCCUAUUUGAUUAACGGCUGUAAUUUAAUAUUUAACAGACAAGCGUUUGGUGUCAACAAGAAACUGGAAAAAGUACAUUUUCCACAUCAUUAAGCGCUAUAGUUUCACAAGCUAACGCUCUGUGCGGAAACAAUAAAGGGAUUUUUGAAGGUCAGACAAAAACUGUAACUGUUACAUCAAGUAUCGCUGAUACCAAAUGAUGACAACACAGAGCUAAAAUGUAUGUGUACAGAAACUGCAUGCAUCAUUGCUUAAGGAAAGUGAAGAUUGAGUGAUGUCAGUGACUACGUUGUACACGGUUGAAGGCAGGGAGCUGUUAAAAGUGGCGUUAUUACCUGGGUAUUUAUGCAUUUGUAGAUAAAAAUA